GAAAAUUCAUCGCGGUACAGAGCGUCUGUGAUUUUACUGCUCCGCUUUUCCGACGUUAAAACAGGCUGUAAAUAUGUGGAUUUCCAGUUAACGAGAGUCCGAUAGAGUUAACGUCGCCGGCCGUAAACAUGGAUAAUACAGAGUUGCUAUUUUUCGACACAUUUUCGCACGAUAUUUCCGAGGAAUUGAACUUGGAUCUAGUGCAAUUUCCCAAACCUGUGUACAUUAGUGAAGUGCGAAUAAUCCCUCUGGGGGCUCGUGUGCAAGCAGACUUUCCUGGUGGGGUUCGGCUUGGAGCCACAAACCCAUCCCAGUUUGAGAUUGAAUUUUUCGUCAAUGAUCUGAGCAAACCAGGUGCUUCAACUUUUGAGUCACUCGGUGGAUUGGAAUACAAACAAAAUGUCCACAUACAACUGGAAUGCGAUAGAAAGCAUUUGCCAACCGAUGGCUUGGUGUUGAGAGGCUGGUACACAACAAUAACCUUAGCUGUAUACGGUACACUCACCAAAUCACUCAGCAAUCCUCAGGAAGUACCUGUGGCAGCUCCACCUGCUCCUGCUCCUCCUGUUCCUGUGCCUGAAGAGGAGCCUGCACCAGUAACCAACAAUGUUCCAGCACCAGAGCCAGAGCCAGAGUGGUUUUAUGAAAACCAAGCGCAUCAAAAUACACUGGAAACAUGCCCAGUAGCCACGCCAUCGCCACCAGUGCAUGCAGUGCCAGUUGUCGAGCCUGCGAGAACUCCCUCUGCUGAGCCACCAAAGGUAGAGCAGCCUCAGCAGUGGAAGGAAGAAUCCUCACCAGUUAGUCACAAAACUGGCAAAAGGCCAUCCACACCUCCCACGGAGUCGCUCGUAUCUCUGAGUCCAGAAUCGAUUUCUGCCGAGGAAGAAGAUGGCGAGCGCGAGGAGGCAGUGGAAAGGUCAGAUGCAAUAGAGCCAUUUGAACCAAUUUUGUCUGAUGAGGACGUUAUGGCGGAUGACGAGCCACCUGUUGAUUUUGAAAUCGAGGCAGUGCAAAUCGACGAAAUGUAUGCGAUCAAUCCGCCGGAUCUCUUGGAACUGGAGAAACGCGAGCAGUUCUUCGAAGAUAAAAUGGACAGUAGUGUGAUCGAAAAACUGCAAGACAUAAUCGUAUCCUUAUCCAAGUCGGUCACGAAUUUCAGCAAUGCGUCAGGGCAGGAGAAGGAAACUUUUGUACAUAACUGCGAAAACCUGUGCGCGACGUUGGGAAAUUUCGAACUCUGUACGCAAGACUUCGAAAAUCUGUCGAACAUUGUCGACGCCGGACUGAACGUCGAGUUCGCCUGCUCGCAACCACAGCCAGCCUACAAAGUCCGACACGUGAAAGUCGGCGUCAGAUUAGCCGAGGCCCUGUGUCGGCUGUCGUCAGGCCCUGAAAUUCUCUUGAAAGUCAACGCACCGCAAAAGCUUCUGUCUCUAUGCAUGCGCGAGAACGUUGCCCUUCCGGUAAAAUUAGCAGCAAUCAGAGCAGUCGACGCGGCGUUGAUCAGUCCGAAAAUUGUGGAGGAAUUCCUCAAGGCAGAAAACGAAUUGUACAAACUAUCGCUGAUGAUGUUGGAUUCCGCCAAGCUGGCCAGGCUGAAAUACGCUCUGAGCUCUUUGUUGAGGAAAGUCCACGUCUACGAAUCCUUGUCAGAGUUGAAAGAACUAACUGAGCUGGAGAUUAUGGAGCUGACGAAUGCAUAUGCCUAUGCAACCACUUUGAUGGCUCAGCCCAAGCGUCAACUUCCCGCCAGUGCCCAAAUGGAGUUUGAAAGGGAACACAAUCGCAAUCCUCGCAAGCAUCUCAUUGCCUACUUCGAUCAUUGGAAGCUCGCAGGUCGUCUCCUUCUGGUUCUCUGCUCGCCCGAAUCCGACAACAAUUUGAUCAGAGCUUCCCGACAGUUUUUAUCGCUUCUUGCCGACACCAAAGAAGGACUGCUGUACCUCCUGAAAGAAGCAGAGGUAACGAAAUCUCUACUGAAGGUCCUUCGGUACAACGAGUGUGAUGGUAUAGGAUCGACCAUCGCCUGGAGACUCCAAAUCGUUCAAUGUCUGAUCGAAAUAGUGCACCAUCCAGACGACUGGACGGCGCUUAGGAAACUGCACUCGUUCCUGGUCUAUCCCGAAGGUGUACAAGCGAUAAUCAACGUUAUCCCAAUGGAGAACUUUAUAGACGUCCUGAUUCCUUGUCUCGGCAACAACAACCUCGCUGAAUUCGCGGCAGAGAUCAUCGCUACCGUUGUGCGUUACUCGAGCGAGGUGGCGAUAUUCCAAAGUCGUGCGGCAGAUCUGCUGGAAAAGUUUGCGAGCCAUUUCGUCCUGCGAGACGUCAUUCCACAUUUGAACGUAGCUGCUCAGAGUUCGAAUUGGAAUUAUGGCGACGUAACAACACUGGUUAGCAUAGUUAGAAAAAAUGCCGAGAGAGCUUCCACCCUUCCAGGUGAAUUGACGACAGCCUGCCGAAUACUCCACUACCUAGUCUUUCCUCCAAAUGACGACAUAGACCCUAUGGAGCCGUACGUCGAAUUGAAGCACAGAAAUGCCUUAACCCAGUUGUUUGCCGCGGACGGUCUCACAGCCCUAGUGAACGUAAUGACGAAUGUCGCCCAGUUCUACGAGCAGCCUCUACUCCAUCGAGCUGCUUUCAAAGGACGACGACGUUUAGUCUUGAUUUCGCUACUCGCGCCUUGUGUUAAGCUCACCAGAGCGAUCCUCGAGCGACUCGUCAAGUGUAUGGCAACUGAAUUUAAGGACCUUACCGCAGUUGUUCCGCUUCUCGGAGUUUACUGCCUGAUCGAGGCGAUGCCAUCGACGAACUCGACGCGAAUGUUGUCGAACGAGAUCAUCGAGACGCUUCUGGUGUUCACAAGAGCUGUAGAUCCUGAUGGUUCUGGAAACGUUGCCAAGUCUCUGUGGACGCAGAUGCUAGGCGAAGUGCUCAAAAUGGUGUCUUCGAAUCCAUGUAACUUUUUACCUGGACUGAAGCUGUUGGCCAGGUUGCUGCCUCCAAUUUUGACUCCCAAAGAAACCAGCUCACAGGAUAAGAUCAGGGCUUUAGGAUUCAGAAAAUUAUGGUCCGCGCAUUUGCAAGCUCAAGCGAACAGCCUUACGGAAACUCUUAGGCUGCUCUGUGCCAGUUGGAAUACAGAACUGUUGAUGCUGGUAUCGACAGUUUGCAAGCAACUGAGCGACUUGGCAGCACCGACUGCACUCCUCGUAGGUCGCUGUCUUUUAGAUGGUAUCCUCACAGCCAACCCCUUGGAGAAUAAUCUACCCAUCCUGGCUCUUCUAGCUGAUCUCACAAAACACGCUCCGAUGAAAGCGACUCUCCUCACUUUGACUAGUCCCGCGUCCAGGGCCCAGGUGAAAUCCGACCAGAAAUAUCCGCCCGUCAUUGAGAUGAUGUGCACAGCUCUGAAAAACACAAAUGAUCCAAACGUUCAGCGAGAACUCGUCGACAUAUUCGGAACGUUGUGCGAUUACAAGCUCAGUUUAGUGCAGGAAAGUGCCGAGUCUUUUGAGAAACAGUUGGCUCACUCGAUACCCAGCAAAGAGCCGCUGCUCGUCAUUAUCGCUGCGCUGAUUGAGAUUCUGGCGAGUGCGUCCAAGUAUUCUGCGGAUAUCGUAGAAACCACUCUGCACAUAUUAGUGACUUUGACAAGUCACAAUUAUGGACUUUAUCACGUAAAAAGUUGUUUGGAAAAUAAUCCUGACGCGUUAAGAAAUCUUCUCGACUAUGUUGCUCAAGCUGUUUCAGAAAAAGAAGAACAAGAAAAGGACAAGGAAUCCCUGCCAGAACAUGUUGUAAGUUUUCUAGAUAGUCUGAUCCACUGCAAAAAUCCUGAAAGAACUUUAUCCUUGCGAAUACCUCAACUAUCGAGCCUGAUAUCCUGGGAUAAGGAAAAUCAUCCUUUGACAAAAAUAAGUCAAGCCACAGAACUGGUAGAAGCGUUGCAAGUUGUCGAAGAAAAAGAAGAUAAAGAACCUCUUCCAGAAAUGCUUGAACCAUUGCUACUACCACCUGAAGCAUUGCUCAAUCAGUUUGCUCAGAGGUCCACUGCAACUGUGACCACUCAGAAAGAGAGAAUAAAAAAGUCUCUGCUAGAAAUUCAAAACGAAAAUACCGUCGAUUUACUAGCACUGGCCACGGAACUUUUACCCGCCGACUUUAAUCUGUUGGCCGAAGCUCAAAGGGUAUGUUCAAAAGUGCCUAUGCAUUAUACAAUGCAUAUGAAAGGCCAAGAGGAGCCCCAGGAUUCCAGGGAAGCUCAAAAACAAAUUAAUACACCGACUGCCAAGACAAAGCAACCUUUCGUUGCGCCAAUGCGGGGAAGAAGUCAGUAUUCUAAUUCAAUGCGAGGCAACUCUGGAGGCGGAGGUGUAGGAAGGGGUGCCGAUCCAUUCCGUUCUCGACCACCAAACACGUCUCGACCACCGUCCCUCCACGUAGAUGAUUUCGUAGCCCUAGAAACAUGCGGAGCGCAGCCAACCGGACCCACAGGCUACAACAAACUCAGCAUUCGAGGAUCAAGUCAGUCGAGGGGUGUGAUCGCUAGUUCGCGAAGUAGACCUUGGGUUCCCGAGACCCGACCCUCGUAUAUGCGCUAGCUCAUUUUCGUUAUUAGGCAAGAGAUAAUUUAAUAACUUUUUUUAUUCUGAAAAACGUUUUUGUAGAAAAACAACAUUUGUAUAUGAGUGAAAAUAAUAAUGUACAUAACAUAAUUAGUA